ACGACCGUCCGGGUCUCGGAGCGGGAUGAGCGCGGGCGCCGACGGCGGCGGCGGCGGCGCUGGGACCGAGGCGCGGUCCCGAGCGGCCAGUCCAGGAGCGGAUGACUUCGUACCGUCGGCGUUGGGGACCCGAGAGCAUUGGGAUGCUGUCUAUGAGAGAGAACUGCAAACUUUCCAAGAAUGUGGAGAUACAGGAGAAAUAUGGUUUGGAGAAGAGAGUAUGAACCGACUAAUAAGGUGGAUGCAAAAACACAAGAUUCCUUUGGAUGCUUCACUACUUGAUAUUGGAACUGGAAAUGGUGUUUUCCUGGUUAAACUUGCAAAACUUGGUUUCUCUAAUAUUACUGGAAUUGAUUACUCUCCUUCUGCAAUACAGCUUUCUGGAAGUAUUAUAGAAAAAGAAGGUUUAUCUAACAUUAAGUUGAAGGUAGAAGACUUUUUGAAUCUUUCCACAAAACUGACUGGAUUUCAUAUUUGUAUUGACAAGGGGACUUUUGAUGCCAUAAGCCUUAAUCCUGACAAUGCACUUGAGAAGAGGAAACAAUAUGUGAAAUCUCUCUCCAGGGUGUUGAAAGUGAAAGGCUUUUUUCUAAUAACCUCAUGUAAUUGGACCAAGGAAGAGUUGCUAAAUGAAUUUAGUGAAGGAUUUCAACUUUUCGAAGAGCUGCCAACACCCAAGUUCAGCUUUGGAGGCAGAUCUGGAAACAGUGUAGCAGCAUUGGUUUUCCAAAAAACGUGAGACUGUUCAUUGGACAAAUUCAGUUAGCUUUUUUAAGAAGCUCUACAUCAAAGUAAACCUGACACAGAAAAUGCGAGUGCAAAUAAAUGCUUAGUAAGUACACAGGAUGCACGUGUUGAAUAGAAAUGAUGGGUUGGUAAAAAAAUCAUGAGUGUGUAAGUGGUUGGGUUUUAAAGAUCAACCAAGAAUAAUUUAAAAAUUUCUUUUGUGUUUGAAAUGUAAAUAUUUUUCUUUUUUAGUAAAAAAAAUUUCCUGUAACUGCUGAACAGUUAAAAACUUUAAAGCAGUAAAUGAAUUUACAGAAAGCAUGUAUUCUUGAUUUUUGUGCCUUGGUAAAGUGAAUUGAAUAUGGCUGUUUAUUAAGAUUUGACCAAAAUAUUUUAGAGUGAGAAUAACAGAUAAAACAACUUUCUUAGUGUUUUAUUAGACUGUUUAUGAAACAUAAUAAUAUUUUGGGUUGAAUGGUGGUUUUUUUAAAAAAAUUAUUUAAUAUCUGAGAAAGUCUCCUAGCCUUUUGUAUAUAAUUAAACAAAUCAGAUAAAUAUGUCACUUGAUCAAGAAAUAUUUAUUGUGCCUGUAUUUUGCGACUUAUUGGUCUUUUACACACUGUGAAGGAUGAAUAGGAAAUAGAAAGAAAGACAGCUAAGAGAUACUGUUAUCUGCCAGCACUGUGUUAAGUUAUAUUAUCUUACUAAGUCAUUGAAUCCUCCCAAUAGUUUCUCGAGGUAUGUGUGUAUUGUUCCUGUUUGUAUGUAUCAAACAGCCAGUAUAGGAUGGAACCAGGAUUCUCCUCUGGUUCUCAUUCUAAAACCCAUUCUCUUCCCCUAGUAUAUUCUGCCUCCCAGGUGCUAAGUCUCUGCUUUUAUGAGAUUUACAGUUCAGUUGGGGAACUAGGACUGGUAUGUAGAAAAUACUGCUAAAGAAGUUGGGCAGUUAUUUUUAGGAGCUCUGCAGCUCCUUGUUCGUGGCAGUGUUGAUCUGUGGACUGUGAGAAUAGUGAGUCAUCCUUCAUUACUUUUCACCAUCUCCCUACUGGUCUUAAAAGACUUGCCUAAUCAAGAAGUGAGUCGUGUCAUUGUGAAAGGGUGGUGUGAGUUAUAUAUAUUUAUAAGCCCUCAGGGAUACAGGGACAAAGAUAUUUUAGUUAGGGCCUAAUUAGUAAGAGAAACAGUUUGUUUAUUAACAUUUUGAAAAGAUAAGGGAUAUUAAUAUUUAAGGUAUAUUUAAGGUAAUUAAUAUUUAAUACCAUUUUGUAUUUGGGCUGAUAUUUUAAUAUUGGGGUCAAUCACUUUUUUUUUUAAAGUGAUGUAAUUUUUGAUGAUUUUCAGGUUUUUGGGCUUGUUGGCUUACUGAAUGAACAAUUUUUGUUUGGCAAAUGUUACUCUUGUAGUCAGUCAGUCUAGCAUUACGUCUUUUUUCUUUUCAUUUUCGCCCAGGAGUGGGGGCGGGGGGAGGAGGAUGGUUUGAUUUACAUCAACAUUAAUCAGUUUGUUAAGAUUACUACCUGCCUUGCACAAGGUAACUGAAGACAUUUCCAUAAACUUUCAACACAAAUAACAUUUUUGAAAAGCUCUAAUUUUUAACAUUCGAAAAGUGAGAAAUUACUUCAAAAUAUGUGUGAUUUAAACUGUAAAAAAAUUGUGUUGAUUUUACAAACUAGACAUGGGAUCUUAAACCAUGGAAACAUAUAAAUAGUUUUAUAAUUUAUUGAGGAGAUCUGGUCUUUGUUGCUUUUUCACAUUAAUAGUCCUUGAUUUCAAAUAUGAGAAUAGUGUGUAAGUACUUGUUUAGAAUUCUGAGUUGUUAAGUAUAUGCUAUUUUAAAGCACCAAUCUAACAAAAUAGGCUUUUUGUGCGACCAGACUGAGACACUGGGUUUGAGUCACUGAUGGCUUGGAGUGGGCCUUUGUUGAAAAGCUCCUUGAGUCACUAUCAUGGGGGUAUUAUGUGUGUUCCAUUUGCAAAAAUGAAGGAUUUUUGGGGGGGAAUCAUUAGCUGUUGAUAAGGUUAGGAAAAAGGAGUUGUUAUCUCCUCUGUUAGUCCUACUGGAAACCAGCCUCUUGGAGGCCAAAAUUGAAACAAAUGGAAGGUCCAAAAAUGCGAACAAUAAAUUAAUAUUUUCAACUAAUACUGCGCUUUAAAAACAGGCCAGUAAAUGUCCCCAAGUUACUGAAACAAGUUAUAAAUACCUUAUUAUUAAACGUAGUUUUGUUAAGUCAUAUGAAUAUGUGGGUAACUGAAAGGAAUUAUGCAGUUAUAAAAGGGAGCAGUAAGUAUAGAAUGAAUGCUGUUUUCUCUGGAUAAGAAGUUGGAAUUGUAAUUUUAUUUCAUCAAAAGACACUCUUAUUUUGAGGAAACUUGUUUGAAAUGCAAACGAGAUUUCUCUGUGGAGCCUGCACAGUAUUGUUGCUUUUCAUUAUGAUGUUAUUGCUGCAUAACAGGCCACUUCUGUGUGUAGGAAGUGCGUAUGCAAGUCCAAAGGGAUUUGAGGCCUGAAUGGGCGGGUUACACCAAGUAACAGAUAGAAAGUUUUCAGAACAUUUUGUUUUAAGCCAGGUGCACAAGUUAGAGUUGCUUUUUGGGACUGGCAUUUAUGCAUAUGAGAAUCAAACCUGACACUACGCUUGGCAGCUUGACUAAAGCCAUUUUAAAAUAAGUACAAACUGUCCUUGAAUGAUUUUCUUCCCAUUGUAGUAGCAACGACUUUGCCUUUCUUCUUCAUCUGUGAUGUGCAUGUGAUUUUCUAUUUACUUUUGGGGAAGCAGGGAGGUAAACAUAUACAAAAAGACUUUGUAUGAACUACGUGUUUCAAUUCAGUUACUAUUUAUUUUUAAAUUUCUAUGAUAUUGUAAUGCAGUAUUAUAUGUUAACUUUAAUUCACAUUUAUCCAGAGUAUAAUAGAAACCUUAAUUUUUAAGGAACCUAAAUUAAUAAUUGUUUUAUAUGGCUCUGAAAUAAUUUUUUUAGUUGAUUUGCUAAGAAAUAGGCAAGUAGACUAUCUCUGCCUAUGUUAAUAGAUUUUGUUUAUGUUCUCUUAAAUAAGUUUUAUAUAUUUAUGCAUGUGUGUGUGUCUGGUAACCAACUAUGGAAAUAUACACAAAUGUGAAAAAUCAGUUGCUCUCCAGGCCAGCAUUCUACUGCUGUGGGGAGACCUGGGUUUGAUUUCCUGUUUUUGGCACUGUGCUAGGGUGUAUGUGCUCCAGAGACAGCCUUCUGUUUUGAGAGCAAGAGACCAAAUGUCUUGUGUUCCACAGUAGUAACCUUUUUGGCUAAUUGUGGGGGGGUGUUGAUGGGCUCUGAAAGGAGUCUUGUCUAGUACACUUCGCUGAAGGAGGCUGCAUAUGACCCAGAGCUUUAUUGUGGGAAGCCACGAGCAUGGUAGGUUGAAGGACAAUUGCAAAGUGGGAAAAAAAUUAGGAAAGCCCUGUCAUUUCUCUUGGUUAGGCAGGAAACAGAGAUGUCCUUAGAAGAAGGGGGAGCACAUGACCAUGUUUUAUUAACAGUUAAUGGAAGAAAAUUAAUGCUAAUUUAUUCUUCAUACAUACCGUGCAAUUUGUUAGAAAAGUAAAAGGAUAGUUUGAAAUUCUUUGGUCAAUUGAUGGAUUCCUAUGUUAAGGGCAUAGAAAUGAAACUCAACAUUAAGCAGACAAAUACCCAAGCCCACAGGCUACGUAAAUGCUGAAUAAAACCAGCUCUACAAUGGAACUCUGAAAAGCAAGGGGUAAGAAGCCUAAUGAAUGAUUGAAUAUGACCUUAGCAAAAUCCCUGGAGUGUUGAAAGAUCAUUCAGUUCCAGCUUAGAUGUCAAGAUGGGCUCCAGUAACCAGUAAAAAAAAAGAGCUUGAGUCGGUAUUUACUGAGUUUUUAAAAUCUUUACAACACAGUACAUUAGACUAAUCAUUAAAAAGACUUCUCUAACUGAUUUUUGAGCUGUCACUGUUUGGACCUGUAGUUUAGGCCCAGGGAAACCAAAUUAAAAAUUUAGAUAGGAAUAAUUCCCAAGACGUGAGUGUAUCAAUAUCCUGCUUUAUGGAGUAGGACUUCAAAAACUGGGAUGUAGAGGCUGGCAGAAUGUACUUUUGUCAUGCUGAUACCAUUGUAAGAAAGACUUAGAACCAACGGAUCAAUUGUACCUUAAAGUAUUUGCAAAUUACUUGCCUAGUUUAUUAGAAGAUGAUGUAAAAAACCAAAAUCUACUUUUUUCACUUUUAAAUAGCCUGUUCUGAAGAAAUGCUAAAUUCUUCUGUUAUAUUUUUAAAUAUAUAUUGCUGUUACUGCAUCAGGAAAUGAUAAGUAUGUUAGUGAGUGAUCUUUAUUGUGCAUGCUAUCCAGAAGCUUUUUAAGAAAAGCAAAUCUAACCCAUUUGUUUUUCCAAAUACCUAAAAAUUUAUACGUGAACCAGCAAUUAGCAUAUCCUGUAUAUUAUCGGAGCAGCUUAGAAAGAAAUAUGAAAAUACUCUGGUUGAAUAAGGGGACCAUGAACUGUACUUCUCACUCUUCACUAACAGUUACAGAUGCAGCAGUUUAUUAUCAUCGGUGAUUAGAGCAGAACAGAAGUGCUGUUGGGUGGCUGUAGUUCUCCUGCUAUUGCCUUCCUUACCGCUUCAAAGACGGAAUAGUCAGGAGGAAGAGGCUAAAUGUAGACGAGAGUGGGUGCUGCCAGUUCACAUUUUUCCCCUAACUCUUCCUCUAAAAUGAAAAUGUCAGUCCUUUGUUCCCAUCUAAUUUUAGUACAUCCUGGCUAAAAAAACGUUAGGAUGAUUUCCAACCAUGGAACUUUGAAGGGUGGAGUGGGAUGGGGGAAGAGUAGAGGAAAGAGCAGUUUACAUUCCAUAUCCGUUUGCCUUUCUGCGACAGCAUCUAGCCCUUACUCUGUUGAUUUUGGUAAUGAAAUAAAUUUAGAUGCACUGAAGCAGCAAUAAUUAGGUUUUCCUGCCAUAUCCUCCGCGAAAAGCCUAGUUGGAGUCUGAAUGGGGAAAAUCAUAAUAUGGUCUUUAAUAGAACAUACUCAGCUGAAUUAAAGAGCUGUGUGCAAGUUUUGAAGAAAGGCCUGAAAUUGUGAGUGAAAACUACAUGUUAUUUACAAAUAGAACCUUUGAGGUCCAUUUGUGAAUCAGUGAAACUGCUUUUAUGCUAUUGUUUUUAAUGAGAAUAAUAUUUGUUGAUUUUUGAGAAGCAGUCAUAAGCAAGGCACACAAGUCAGAGCUGUUUAUUCUCUCUGAAAACCCUAAUAGGUCUAGAAGGAAAGUUCUGAUUCCGUGAAGAGAGCCAGUUGGUCAAAUCAUUGAUAAUAUAGUUUGUUCAAGAGAUAGGACAGAAUUCCAUAUGAUUUUGUAGUUGGAAGUGCCAAUUGUUGUGGUUAUUAUUUAAUUAAAAAGUGAUUAACUGGAUUAAACGAUGAGGGGAAUUCCACAUGCUGUAACUUACUCUGAAAUAAGCCUGUCUUUUCCAAAGGUUUGUUCAUGUAACAAGCAGAGGUUUCCUCUUGGAACCUCUGUAUGAUAAAGACAUUAUGUAGCCCAAGUAAGAGAGAUCAUUUUGUUAUUAAGUCUGUGUGAUUAAUGACUUAAUUUGUGACAAAUGCAAUAUCAGCUUAUUUUCUGACCUUGAAAUUUCAUUUAUUUUGGUUCCUUUCAUUAUAGUAAUGGAUAAUUUGUGUUUAAAAUCUGUUAGGUAAGAGAAUAACUAUCGAAGAUAAAUAAUUUUUUUAAUAAUACAUUUUGGAGAGAAAAAUGAUUGGAACCUAGGCCAAUCACUUUCCUUUUCUAGGCUUUGUUUUUUUCCUCUGAAAAUAAAGGCGUUCAGUAGGUGAUACUUAAAAAUUCU